ACACAAAUCUGUGAUUUCCCACAUGUUUCAUUUACCUAUUAAAUUUAUUUAAAAUAAAUUAUUAAACAGUCAUUUUAUAAAUUUUAUUCUUAUACGAAAUAAGAAAUGGUUUCAAUAGCAACCAGUGACAAUUUUAUUGCAAUAGCAAAAGGCCUGUAUAUUAAUUAUUAUGAUUUUUCACUCGACAAAUGCAUAGAAAUAACAAGUCAAAAUAAAUCAAAAGAAACUGAUUAUAUUUCUGAUAUAGCAAUUUCUUCAGAUUCAAAGUAUUUAGCUGUAUCAACAUCAGCAUCUAAACAAUUAAUAAUAUAUUCUUUACCACUUGGGGAAAUAUUGAAAAAUAUAGUACUUCCAAGAAGUUCUAGUAAAAUAAGAUUUGCAACUGAUAACCAUCAAAUCUUAAUAGCAGAUAAAAGUGGUGACGUAUUAAUAUUUAAUAUAAAGAUUGAGAGUUCUGGCACUAAACUCUUAGGACAUCUAAGUUUAUUAUUGGAUGUGUUACAAACCUAUGAUGGCAAAUACAUCAUAUCAUGUGACAGAGAUGAAAAAAUAAGGGUUUCAAAUUAUCCUAACACUUAUAACAUUCAAACAUUCUGCCUAGGACAUAAAGAAUUUGUAAAUCACAUUGAAAUUUUGCCCCAUGACAAUAAAUAUUUAACAAGUACAUCUGGCGAUGGAACUAUUAAGUGUUGGGACUAUGUAAAUGGUUUACUUUGCUAUAGCAUUGAUACUUCCUUUGAUGUUAAUGAAACACAUCUACAGGAACAAUUCUGUAAAAUAAUGGAUGAUGAAGGUAUAGAAGUGAAUACAUUACCAAUAGUACAUUAUGCUAUCUGUAAACUCAAUGAAACAAGCAGUUUGCUGGCAGUUGCUGUAUAUACUUAUAAUGUUUUAUUGUUUUAUAGUUUACAAACUAUAAAUGCCAAAUUUAUUCAUAAAUUGGAACAAAAACUUAAAUUACAUAGUUUCCCUGAUGCUGUUAAAUUUCACAAUUCCUCUAUUGUUCUUUAUAAUGAUAGUAAUUCUAAUAUUACAAUAUAUAAUGUUUUAUAUUGUGAUGGUAAGAUAUCACUGGAAUUGUAUAAAACUAUUAAUGUAUUUGAAAAUAAUAUUACCACAAGUGAAGUUAAAGAGAACUUUGAUUUUAUUAAGGUAUUAUAUAAAAGAAAGUUUGACAAUGUACAAGAAUAUCAAGAACGAAAAAGACAAAGAUUGGAAAAAUCUUCACAAUAAAUAUUUUUUUCAUAAAAAUGGAU